GCAGGGAGCCCUUCCCCUUCCCUUCCCUUGCCUUCCCGUGCCCGGGUCUCCCCCACCGCCUCCCCCUGCCCCGCGUCCCUCGCAGGGCGUCGGGCCGGCACGGGGGUCUGUACGCCGAGCCGAGCCGAGCCGCAGGGAGGGAGGGCGGGAGGGGAGGAAGGAGGGAGGCGGGGAGGGAGAGAGAGAGAGAGAGGCUGAGCCAGAUCUUCAUGCCACUGCAGGCAGCAGCAGCAGCAGCAGCAAAACUUCUGAAGGUUUGCAGAAGACAAUAAGAGAACCACCAAGAAGGCUAUUGCAGUCUUAAAACCUGUUAACUAAGAGGGAAGCUGCCUGUUGUAAUGGCCCACUAUGUUCCUGUGUGGAGCUGAAAUGCAGUGGUCAUUUCACUGUGGUUUCAUCACUGAUGGAGUUUGUGGAUGCCCUUGGCCCUUUUUGGUGUAGCCAGCAGCCUUGGACACUCUUGUUGACUAGUGCCUUAAAAAGCCAAUGUUCUGUCAAUGGCGCUGAUCAGGUCAAUUCUAGAAGUCUGGUACCAGAACUGCCAUUCCAGCUUCCUCAUUGCUCCUGGUGGCCGGGGCAUAUCCCAGUGCUGUUUGCCUGUUAUAAGUGUGGAGAAAAUCCUUCUGAAGACAGCUGUCUCCUUUGUGUUUGAGCACCUGCCACUAUAGGAGUCAAGGUCUUAAGGGAGCACUGCUUCUCCAUCCUUGCUGAAUUCUUCCAUGUCAGAUCGAGACACAUGACAGAUAAAUACUCAUCAGUUGGGAUUUACUACUGCCAGUAUGUAUCAUUCUCUGUCUGAAACCAGUCACCCUUUGCAAACAGAGGAACAAGAGAUAGGCAUUGAUCCCUUGCAGAGUUUUUUGAACAAGCCAGGGGAAGGAGGAUCAAAUGAAAAUGGAAGCACACCCUCCACCUCAGAUUCAGAUGGAACUUUUAUUUCUUACAGUAAAGAAUGGGAAGAACUAUUUGUAAACAACAAUUACUUGGCAACUAUACGGCUGAAGGGGAUUAAUGGGCAGCUGAGAAGCAGCAGGUUCCGUAGUGUUUGCUGGAAGCUAUUUCUGGACGUUCUACCACAAGAUAGAAGUCAAUGGAUUAAAACCACUUCAGACUUAAGAACUUCUUACAGUAAGAUCAAAGAAAUUCACAUUACAAACCCUCGGAAAGCAGGACAGCAAGAUCUGAUAAUCAACAACCCACUCUCUCAGGAUGAAGGGAGUCUUUGGAAUAAAUUUUUCCAGGAUAAAGAGCUUCGAGCAAUGAUUGAACAAGAUGUGACGAGAACCUUUCCUGAAAUGCAGUAUUUCCAGCAAGAGAAUGUAAGGAAAAUUCUUACAGAUGUUCUGUUCUGCUAUGCCAGAGAAAAUGAGCAGUUGCUUUAUAAACAGGGCAUGCAUGAACUUCUAGCUCCCAUUGUCUUUAUCCUGCAUUGUGACCACCAGGCUUUUUCACAUGCCAGUGAAGCUGCACAACCAAGUGAGGAAAUGAAAGUUCUUUUGAAUCCUGAAUAUCUGGAACAUGAUGCCUAUGCAAUGUUCACACGUCUUAUGAAAACAGCAGAACAUUGGUUUUCAACUUUUGAACAUGACAGUCAGAAGGAGAAAGAUGUGAUGGUGACACCUAUGCCCUUUGCAAGGCCACAGGACUUGGGGCCAUCUAUUGCUAUUGUCGCAAAAGUAAAUCAAAUUCAGGAUCAUCUGCUGAAGAAACAUGAUAUUGAGCUGUACAUGCAUCUGAACCGACUGGAAAUUGCUCCACAGAUUUAUGGACUGCGAUGGGUAAGGCUCCUGUUUGGACGUGAAUUCCCUCUUCAGGAUCUUCUGGUUGUCUGGGAUGCCCUAUUUGCUGACAGUAUCACCCUGAAUUUAGUUGACUACAUUUUUGUAGCCAUGUUGUUGUAUAUCAGAGAUGCCUUGAUUUCAAGUAAUUAUCAGACCUGUUUGGGACUUCUGAUGCAUUAUCCACCUAUUGGAGACGUUCACUCCCUUAUCCUAAGAGCGCUUUUUCUCCGAGAUCCAAAGCGAAAUCCAAGACCGGUGACUCACCAGUUCCAACAAAAUUUAGAUUAUUACAAAGCACGUGGAGCAGACUUGAUGAACAAAACCCGUGCCAGUGCUAAAGCCGCCCCUCUGAACAUCAACAAAGUCUCCAACAGCUUACUGAAUUUCGGCCGAAAGCUCAUUGCUCCGGCCAUGGCCUCGGGUGGGGCAGUGAGUGCUCCUGCUGGCGGGAGCAGCUUCCCUCCCUCUUCAAUGCCAAGCAGGAGCACAGUGGAGGCCCCUCAGCACCAGCAGCACCACCAGCAGCAGCAGCACCACCACCAUCAGUCACAGCAGCAGAGGAUGAUGAAGUCUGAGAGCAUGCCAGUUCAGCUGGGCAAAGGCGAGGCGGGCGAGGCGGCGCCGCCGGGGCCGGCCCAGGCCCCGCAGCACAGCCCGGCCAGCGCAGGCCAAAGUUCAAAAAACAUCAGUUCAUCUCCAAGCAUAGAGAGCUUGUCUGGAGGACGUGAAUUUACAGGAUCUCCACCUUUGUCUGCCUCAAAAAAGGAUUCCUUUUUCAGCACCAUCUCCCGCUCGCGUUCCCAAAGCAAAACUAUGAGCAGAAAAGAGUCGAGGACAUGCUCCGCAAUUUUUCCAAGGACUAAGGAGGAGGAAUUAGAGGCCCAGAUUUCAUUCCUACAAGGACAGCUAAAUGAUUUGGAAGCCAUGUGUAAAUAUUGUGCAAAGAUGAUGAACACGCAUCUUGGAAAUAUUCAGGAAGUAAUUUUGCAAGAACGCUUGGAAAAAGAAGAUGAAAUCCUGGUUUCCUUGGCUGGUUUGAAGCAGAUCAAGGAUAUCCUGAAAGGUUCAUUGCGUUUCAACCAGAGCCAGCUGGAAGCUGAAGAAAAUGAGCAAAUUACUAUUGCUGAUGACCAUUACUGUUCCAAUAAUCAGAACAAGGCGGCAGGUGAUGUUCUAAAGGGACCUGUCAUGACAAAGCAACAGUUCAUCUCAGGACAACAGACUACAACUGAUGCGAGCACUAGUGAGAGCAAGAGCGCUGAUGACUAUAUUAUGGUUUCCAAAGAAGAGGAGAGAAGUAAAAGUGCUGCUCCAGAGCCGGUGCAGCCCCUUCAGGCACACAAGGAGGCAGCAGUGAAGGCAGAAGCUCCAUCUCGUUCCUCUUUGAUAUUUUCCGACCCUCUGAUGGGUUCCAUUUCAGCCUCCUCCAGCAACCUCAGCUCCAGCCCUGAUGAUGACAGUAGUAAUAACAGCAAAGAUUCUGACUUUGCUAUUGUCAGCCCACUGGACAUCUAAGGAAACAGGUUGGGAGAGUUUGGGAAAUCCGUCAUUACAACUCAGCUCUAAUUUCUGUGAUUUCACGGGUUGGAUAGUUCUUUGGAUUACAAGGACAGAAAAUAGAUAAAGGUAGCCCAUUUCAGCUGCCAAAAGCCUAAAUUAAAAUAAAAAGGCAAACAAACAAAAAAAGACAUAAAUUUGCUACUUUUAAAAAAUAAUAUAUACAUUUUAAUAACUGCCUUAAAUAAAGACCCAGUAAAACCCAGUUCUAAUAUACAGUUAUUAUUAAUUAUGCUGUUACCCUACGUAGGAGCUUUGUUACUAUAGAAGUGAUGCCUUCCCAAAGCAUAGAGUAGUAUAUGCUAGAUACCAUAAUGAAAAUGUGUGGAUACCUGACAUCAGACCUGAUGCAGGAAAGACAGGCUAGAUUUAUUAAUGUCCUUUUACAAAAUGUGCUUGACUGGGUUUUCUGUGUAGGAAAGGGUACUGUUUCUUCAGAGACUGUGAUUAGAGAAGUAGGGAAUGAGUAUCAAAAAGAUUAAAAGCAUCAUCCUGGUAGGAAGUUUGUUGUCCCUUGAGGAAUCCUAGUUUCUUAAUUUUCGUCCUGCAAUAGCCUGAGGUGUGUUCAGGGCAGAGGUUUGUGUAGUUGUUCCUCAGUGCUUACAGGAGACAAUGUGACAAGCUCCUUGAGAAUGGGGACCUACCCAAAAGAGCCCUAUUUGCCUUUCUCUACUUUUCCCCCUUGAGAGUUCCCAGUUCAACACUUUCCUUCUUUAUCUUUGUCUACUUUUACUUCCCCUGGCAUGAUUUUUUUAAAUUUUGCUCAGACUACCGCAGUCAAUAAGUAGGUGCAAGGGAAAUAGCAGUAUUUCAUAAUGUAGACCUGAGCUGGUUGAACUAAAGCUAGCCCAAGUAUGUUAACUUACCAGGGAAGGUUGCAAAGUGAAAUGAAAUGUUCAUAAUUAAAAGCACUUUAUGUCUCAUUGCUAUUAUCUUCUAUAGACUCUGUUUACAUAUAUUGCUAUAUGAUUUCCAUAUUUCUAAUCACAAGAAACAUAAUGGUGCAGCAGCGUUAACCAACAGAAAGUUUCUAAUUAACUUUGUUACUUGUUCUUCUAUGGAAAAGUGUAUUUUUUUUCCCAUCAAGUCCAUAGUACUUUUAAUAACAGCUUUCUUCAAGUAGAUAAGGGGGGUUUCUGUGCUCUCUGAUCCCUGUCACCUCUGUUGGAAUUCAGAAAACAACUGGUGGUGAGUAAACCACUCCUCUUGCAGGACCUACACAGAGUUAGCUUGAGGAAGGAAUGUUAAUAUGUCACUCUGUCACAGCAGCAAAAAAAAGCAUCAUUUGCUUUUAAGAUGCAUAUACAUUAUACCAUGCAACAACUUCCUAUUUGCAUGGCAAAGCUUGUGUUUGUUCAAAGUUACGAAAUUGUAGUUAUUUGCUGCGUAGUCUGUAAUUGUAAAUGAAGUACUGUAUCCCAAAGAUGAGGUGACAUGUAAUUUGCUGGUCUUAGAUUUUACAAGGUCUGUGUCGGUGACUGAGCUGAAGAGUUAAUUGUCAUGUAAUUACGUGGUAGCUGCCAUCCUUACAUGUUCAAAUGCCACCAUGUAGUUCUUCAGAGAUUAUUUGUGCCUUGUAAAAUGUUAAAAUACUAGAAUGUUAUGAGCAGGCAUAGCAUCAUGCCUCUCUGCAACAGAGUGAUGCAGUCAGGUGACUGUUUGGAUGAAAGAUCUUAAAUGCAUAACAUUUUGGAGAGGUGUUUAUUUUAAGCUUCAUAAAAGAUCACUUUGGAAUUCAGCAUGCAUGCCUGUCUCCAGUUUAUUUUAUUGCCCUGAGUUUGCAUGAAUGCCAGGGGAUGGGGUGGCUGGUUGAUUUAUUUAAGCCUUUCAAGCUUUUCUAGCUUUAACCUAUACAGCAAGGCUUGUGGCACCAUCAGCAAAGGGUGGCUGUUGAAGAAGUACCUGUGGAAAGAAGAAAGAAAUAUUCUGGGGACAGAGAGAAAAGUUUUAUAUUCUGUGAUACAUAAACAUUCAAAGAUUCCAGUAGCUUGGCAGGAGAAAAUGUUUUUACUUCUUUUUUAUUUUUUUAAGCAUCAGUCUUUUGAUUUCUAUUCUAGUGGGUUGUUUCAGGGAUCACAUUGCUGUUUUCUUGAACAGUCUCAUUGCCAAUGGAAGAGUGUGAUUUGUACAGGUUUUUUUAUUUUUGUAAAUUAGUUGUAUCUUUAAUGUUGCAUAUUUUAAAACGGUAGUUUAUGAAGAUUUGGGGAGUUUCUAAGAAUCAGUGAAUACCGAUAAACUGAAUGCGUAUCAUGCCAUGGGAUAUGAUAAAAAUCUCCAAAAGCAGAGAGACAAUUAUACAAAUAAGAUCAGAGUAACUCCAGUAAAUUAAUCUGGUUUGGUUGUACCAUGUCCUUUCACAUCUUAAAUAUGUUGUCUCUGAUAUUUGAUCAUAGUGCAGAGAUAAUGAAAAGUAUUUUAGUAUAUUCAUUAAGUUAGAAACUUGUAAGUUAGAAAAAACAUCAAAUCAUCACCCUGUUUUGUGUUAUGUUAAGAAUAUAGUGAAAGAGAAAUUGUCAUUUAAAAUACAAGAUUAUUCAUUUUCCCUGGAAAUGACCUGCUCAUAAUGUUCAUGGAUAACAGUAAUUGGAUAGAAAAAUUAUUAGCAUUGCAAAUUGCUGACAAAAACUGAUGCAGCGUUAAGAUUGCCCAUCUGAGACUGUUUUACUGUAUUUACUUUAUAAGGUAAUAAAUAUUUAUUACUUUGAAGUCUCUUGCAUGUCAUGUCAGUUGUAUGUUCUGCAGAAAGGCAGCAUCAUAUUUUGACUGGGUAUUGAUUUAGUCGUGGAGCUUUGUAUCUUUACUCUGGAAGAACAUUUAGCCCGCUUUAUUAAAGAAAGAAUUAACAAACUUUUUGGGUUGUGCUUGUGCUGUUUUCUCAAAAAAGAGGGAAAGCUUUUUGACUAGAAUACUGAAAGUAUAAUUUCUGAGAACUAGGAUGAUUAAAACUUUAAAACUAUCUAUAUAAGCACAAAAACUGAUUGUUACUUUAAUCAGAUUUUAUGUAUGUGAUCCAGGGAAUAAAACUGGAUGUCAUUUAUCUCAACUAAACAAUAUAGAAUAUUUCCUGUUUUAUGAAAUUUCCUGUAUCUGAAAAUGAAUCAGUAUUUACCAUGGCAUAACUUGUCUGUAAUUUCAUGAAGCUCAGUAUAGUGUCAUCAUUGUGUCUCAAUGACAGUGCCAGUAUCUGUACAGUACAUUUCUGAGUCUCUAUACUUGAAUUCGCAUUCCUAACUCAUGGUUCUCCAGUAUGUUCUCAUUAAAUGGCAUAGAGGCAACUAUUUUAAAGAUUGCAUUUCAGAUUUAAGGUGUACUUGUGCCUGACUUGUGCCUGCAACAUCAUCUGUUCAAAUACAUCCUAACAUGAACAGAUUUUCAAAUUCUUGGUGUCAGCCCUUAAAUAAUACUUUUCAUUUUGUGCUGCAUGUGUUGGUCUAGAAUGAAUUAUUCUAAUGAUUUAUUAGACUUGAAAAGGUGCAAUUUCAUAAAAUAAACUUCAUUUGGCUACAGAA